AUGUCUUUUUUUUUUUUAAAAACUCUUGGAUGCAAACACGUGCACAUAGACAAACAUUCAUUAUUAUCAGUGGGUUCGUGGUUGCUAAACAUCGAUAUUGCAGUGAGGAAAGCGGCUUUUAAGCUUCCGAUGCACCGUACCAGUUUACGCCUAACCAUUGUACUUUUCUGCACACUGCUCAACUUUCCAGGCCUUGCGGUGGCGUGGUUCUAUUCGCCUCUCUCCGCUGCUAAGCAGCAAGCAGACAACAAAGCACCGCUACCGACGGCUGGCGACCAUCGUCAGCAGCAGCGACGACGAGCUUCAGUUCACAUGGAGUUUCUUAGGGAGAAGAGAGCUGGGGGUGUUGGGAGUGGCCAGCUGACGCAGUUGUGGGCGGAGGCUGAGGCGAAGGGGAGUGUUUCCUCCUGCUGGAAAAAGGCUCUAGAUGAACUGAAAAGUGGAUGCAGAUCGCUGCGCACGGACGAUGGAGCGAGGAGCUGGUUGGCGCUAACCAUGGCGACAUGUGAUGAUGAAACCGAUGGACGGCGGCGUAGCUGGCCCCGCUGUGAAAGCAGAGACAAAAUCCAGGACUGUAUAUACGGUUUAGAUGAUACACACUAUUUAGUUUAUGUGCAGUACAAGCUUCAUACCGACGUUCUUUGCCUCUAUAUCCAAGAGGAGUCAUUUCAAGAGCGUACUGAGGCUGCGGUGCACGCACUGCACACCAGCUCGAUGACAGCAGCAGAGACCCUUGGUGACCUGCAUCACUCUAACAAGGAAUUGCUGUCAUCCAUGGGUGACGCCACUGAGCAGCAAAGAUUGAAUGUUGCGGAGACGAAGCGGCUUCACCAUCAACUGCAGGACAUCCAGAAAGGUCAAACGACUGCCUUUGAAUCGCUGAAAAGUUCGGCUCAACGCAUAACAAGAACAGUGGAGGAUGCAUCGUUGCACCUUCAACAACUGCACGCAGCAAUUGAUGAAGGCGCUGCACGCUCCGUUGCGGCACUAAGGAAUGUCGCUCAGGAGGCGGAGGCAUUCCAGAGUCGGACGGAGCUUCAUGUUACCGGCAUGCUCCGCGGAUUGGAGCGGCUCGAGGUUUUCGUGCAGUUGCUUUUGGAUGGGACGGUAGGCAUAAGUGAGAUACUGCGGGGCGUAGCACUUAUGACUAUGGUAUUGUUGCUCACAAUGCCAGCGAGGACUAGUGAAGCACGGCUCCCUUGCCUUUCUCUAGCUGCGGCAGCAUACGCAGUGCGUCCGUUACUUUCAACUUCGCUUCGCAGCACCGUCACCGCGAGGUCAUUCCUUACGGCACUCUCUUUCGCAGAGAUCUCUGUACUGGCAUACUAUGCGUUGAUGUACCGCACACCGGAGGAGGCUCUUCGGAGGUUGUUCCGGAGGGAAGUAAAAGGUGCGCUGGACGAGAUGUGGGUACUUCAGCUGGAAGAAAUACACACAACUGUUGACACAGCUUUUAGUACUGCAUUUGCCCUGAUUGCAGAUAGUGAAGGUCGGCACGGAUGUUUGAAGGGCACUGUGACCCCACGAAAUGUUGACACAGAGGAGAUCGAUCCGACGGAUACCCGAAAGGUAGUGCGGAAAAUAACAAGCCGAAGCCGAUCUCGGCGUGUCUAA